AUGAGUGGAAUAGCGAAUGCGUGUUGGUCCUGUCUGUCGACAGUAGACCGUUGGUGUCAUAUCACGGCUUGCCUCGGCGGUAGCCGCUCGAGAGAUGGCAUCUAUGAGACCACACUGGCCGACAAUGAACGGGAAGCUGUCUCUGACUUGCUGGGCUACCUUGAAAACAGAGCUGAAACCGAUUUCUUUUCGGGAGAACCUCUUCGAUCGCUGAGUACUCUGGUCUAUUCCGAUAAUGUUGACCUACAACGAAGCGCCAGUUUGACGUUUGCUGAAAUCACGGAACGAGAUGUGCGUGAUGUCGAUCGAGACACCUUGGAACCGAUUCUUUUCUUACUCCAGAGCUCCGACAUCGAAGUCCAGCGAGCGGCGAGUGCUGCGCUCGGGAACCUUGCUGUCAAUGCGGAUAACAAGGUCUUGAUUGUUGCCCUAGGAGGGCUGGCUCCUCUUAUCCGCCAAAUGAUGUCCCAAAAUGUUGAGGUUCAAUGCAAUGCGGUCGGAUGCAUUACCAACUUGGCUACUCAUGAAGAAAACAAAGCUAAAAUUGCCCGCUCCGGUGCUUUGGGCCCUCUGAUCCGACUCGCCAAAUCCAAGGACAUGCGCGUUCAGCGCAAUGCCACAGGUGCAUUGCUGAAUAUGACCCAUUCAGAUGACAACCGCCAACAACUCGUCAAUGCCGGUGCGAUUCCAGUUCUGGUUCAACUGCUGUCUUCCUCCGACGUCGACGUUCAAUAUUACUGCACUACGGCACUGAGCAACAUCGCCGUCGACUCGUCCAACCGAAAGAAAUUGGCCCAAACAGAGUCGCGCUUGGUUCAGUCGUUGGUCCAUCUCAUGAUGGAUUCUUCUACUCCCAAGGUACAAUGUCAGGCCGCCCUGGCUCUCCGUAACCUGGCGUCCGAUGAGAAAUAUCAGCUCGAAAUUGUCCGAUCAAAGGGCUUGGCUCCUCUUCUGCGACUUUUGCAAUCCUCAUAUCUUCCUCUCAUCCUUUCUGCCGUUGCUUGUAUCCGUAACAUCUCCAUUCAUCCUCUGAACGAAUCUCCGAUCAUCGAUGCUGGUUUCCUCAAACCCCUAGUGGAUUUGUUGGGCUCUACCGACAACGAGGAAAUCCAAUGCCACGCCAUCUCGACGCUGCGUAACCUUGCAGCAAGCUCGGAUCGCAACAAGGAGCUUGUCCUCCAGGCAGGUGCAGUGCAGAAAUGCAAGGACCUGGUGUUGCGAGUUUCGCUGAGCGUUCAAUCCGAGAUGACUGCUGCUAUCGCUGUGCUGGCUCUCAGCGAUGAGCUUAAGCCCAAUCUCCUGAACCUCGGUGUGUUUGAUGUCUUGAUUCCUUUGACUGCUUCAGAGAGCAUUGAGGUACAAGGAAACAGUGCGGCUGCCCUGGGCAACCUAUCAUCUAAAGUUGCGGAUUACUCGAUUUUUGUCCGUGACUGGGCGGAUCCGAAUGGUGGAAUACACGGAUACCUGCAUCGCUUCCUCGCCAGUGGAGACCCGACGUUCCAGCACAUCGCCAUCUGGACUCUUCUCCAGCUAUUGGAAUCGGAGGACAAGAGAUUGGUCGCCUAUAUUGCGAAAUCCGAAGACCUCGUGCAGAUGGUCAGGGAAAUCUCAGAUAGGAACAUCGAGUCAGACGUGGAAGACGGCGAAGAUGGAGAGGGCGAGGUCGUUGCCCUGGCUCGGCGAUGCCUCGAGUUUCUUGGUAACGGUCCCAAACAGACCCUUGUCGAGGGCUGA